CUCAACCUACCAAAUACCAGUUACCUGGCAUUGACAGAGCACACUAACAAUGAAACUGUUGGAUUUGACAGGAUACAUAAUCACGGUAUUCCCUUACUGUGUAGAUAUGUAGCUUUUUCAAUCAAGGAAUGUAAUAUACUCUGGCAGAUGGAAGUGAAGAUAAAAUAUCUAUGCUGUAAUCCCCUCAAUUCUUCAACACAGGCUGGUGUCUGACAUCAGGAAGUUGGCAUCAGUCUAGACUUCUAACAAAGCUCAAUGCCAGGAAAUAGGACUUGCUCAACUUGAUUUUAGGACUUGCUCAACUUGUUUUCCAUGUGACGGCAGAAACACAGAGGCGUGCUGAUGGGGUUGUGUGUGGACAUAUCUGACACCAGUUGAUAAUCACAGAUGAAGAAAACAAGUGCUUGAGGAUCCAAGUGGUACAAACCUCUGAAUGUGUCAAAUUUGAGGAAAAUUAUGAAAACAAUGCUUUUGUGGUGGUCGCUUGCAAUCCUUCUCUUGAUCCAGAUUUUCGCUUCAGCUUUGGAGUUGGAAAUGCUUGACUAUAAGAGUGAACACUUCACCUGCUCAAAGGGUCUCUCUAACUGCACAGUGAAGGCAGGUGCUGUGGUUCUGAUCUCAAAGUGUCCUGUCGAUGACAUGGGUCUGAAGGUGCAGCCAGUGCUGUGCUGCAGACAGGGCACAGCAUGCAGACCCUGCCUACACAUUCACCUUGACAUCCAGCUCAGAAACCACCAGACAGCCUACUGGGUUCUCUGUGUUUCAGCAUCAUAUGUGAAUGUAUGUUACAACGUACCAGAGCUAGCAAUGGACAUUUGCAAGAUUCUGGAGUUCACAGUGAUCCUUGCUGCUCUGGAUGGGCAAGCUACAUCCAAGCAGGCAUGGCUGUCACUGCUGCUUAAAGAUAAUGCAGUGUCCUUCAACAGUCAGGUGACUGUGUAUGUUUGUUCCAACCACUCUAAAGUGGUGCUUCCCUCAGUGGAUGAAGUGUGCUCAUCUGCUGCACAGGGGGUUGUAGAAGAGUGUGACGGACAUUCCCUCAGAAGGAUGUUGACAUGUUCAGUCCCCAGUUUCAGCACUCUGAUUGAUCAGGAAAGUCAUGAGGUGAGGCUGCAAGUCAACACGGCAGAUGACAGCCCCUACCCACUGGAAAUGUGCCUACAACAUGAAGAUAACGGAGUGUGCAGGACCUGUAAGGAGAGUACAGUUCCACUGCACUCUGUCACCCCCUGCAUGUGCUUCCAGGUGUGGUGGAAUAAAGGAGAUGAGAGGUCUCAUCGAUCUAUUAGCUGUCCCUUUAGAAACCACACCGAGCUGUUGCAGAGGAAUGUAUGGGAGAAUGUGUCAGUAUCUGUGGUGCAGGGCCAAAUGAACAAUGGUGGUGCCAUGCUAUCCUGGAACCUGACUGCCCCCUGUAGGGUGGAGGCAGAAGUGUGGCCCUGCCAGAAAGAGAAAGGCUUGGACAUGGACAAGUGCACAGAGCUGGUUGCCUUUAGGCAGCGUCUGUCAGAUGACAUAUGGAGGGAAAACAGCAGGGGACACUGGCUGAUGCCCGGUGUGUUUGAGGAUGUCGUACUUGGCCUUGAUCUCUGUGUGAUGGUUAAGGUAAACGGGAAGAACAGUGAGCUUGGCCCCUUCUGUCCCAUUGACUCCAGUUGGUGGCACUGGCGCUGGAGUCUGUUGGUCCUGCUCUCCCUGAUGCUGGCUGUCCUAGCAGCAAUUUGUCUAUAUUUCCUGCAUGGUAAACUGAAACGGUGGGCAUGGGAAUGGUACAAGGAGGAGUGUGGUCGACUAGCCAACAGGGGACACAUAGUGCUGCUGAGCCCGCCGAACGUGGAUGGCUCUGUGUCAGAGCUGGUGUGUGAGCUCGGUUCCUCUCUGUGUGCCCAGGGCUUCAGUGUCUCUGUGGACCUGUGGAGUCGGGCUGAGCUGUGCUCUCUGGGGGCCCUGCCAUGGCUGCACUCCCAGCUGCAGCACCUGGACAGUCAAGGGGUCCGGGCAAUACUGGUACUGACACAGGCGGCCUGGGAGAGGACAGAGGACUGGGUCCGACAGUGGGACCAGCAGGGCCAACAGGGAAAGAAUAUAGUCCAGGGAGUGGAGAAGGAGGAGGGGGGUGAGGAGGUGGAGGGGGAGGAUAAGGGGCUUCUCCAGGGCUUGUCCUCCCCGUAUGCAGACGUGUUCAGUGCCGCUCUGAGCUGCAUCAAGGCAGACCACAAACUGGGCUGUGCUGGAGAGCGCUUCCUACUGGUGCACUUUGAGGCCCAUUCUGCCAAGCCCCCCAGCAGUGAGAGGGGUCUCCCAGAGCUGUUCCAAGGGCUGCCCAUGUUCCACCUGCCCUCCCAGAGCCAGGGGCUCCUUGCUGAGCUGGCCAUGGGGCCCACAGGGCCUGAGGCUGGUAUAGGUGGACAUAGGGUCUGAAGGAAGCUACACAGAGACUGUCUGGGGGACUUAUGACUUUGUGGAGAGUCUCGGGGGGGUUCCAGAUUAAGGAGCUGCCUCAUAAGUGUGUUGUCACUGGAUAGCAGGCUGUGCCGUUACAGCAGAACAGUCACCCUGAGAUCUAAUCUACCCCAACCACUAAGACAAUACCGGCCCCCAUCAUCACCACAAUAACCCCAGACUUUACAUUCACACUGAAUACAGUGGCCAUGCAAUGUGUUGGAUGUAGAAGCCUUGUAUUGUAUUUGGUGAUGUUAUGAGGGCUUGUUUUGAGCCAAUACACAGUGUGUAACCUACAGUAGGCCUACACCUUCAGGAAGGACUUCUAUGUGUGAACUAUUAUGUAGACUACAGGAAAUGUUUAACAAUUGUUCUUUAUUUUACUCUUAAUUCAUGAUUUGUAGAUAGAAAUGUCUGAAAGGCCUAUUGGAAUAUAUGCUGGAUCAAAACUCAAGAUAGGACAAACCUGAAUGAUAUGCAGUAGCCUAGAGGUUAGAGAGGCGGACCAGCAGCUGGAAGGUUCAUGGUUUUAAGCCCCGGGCCGGGCAACACAAGAAAGGAACUGAACUGACAGCUGGAAGGCUGCUGCUCUCUGAUCCCAUGUAACAUCUUCUGUCAUUGUGCCCUUAAGCAAGGCACUCUACACCCAACAUUUGCUCUCCAUCCAGGGGUGCUGUCCUGCUGCUGACCCGCUGCCUCUCAUAGUGUGUGUGUGUGUCUGUGGGUGUUGAGAAAGGCAGAAGACAAAUUCCUGUUCUAACCAGUGGACAAUAAAGAUAUAUUUUAUUAUA